AUGGCCGAGAUACGCGAGGACGACGAGAAGAAGCCGGGCAUCAGUGUUCUGCCCGGGCCAGAGCUUUUGACUCUUCCUGGAUUCGAUACCAGAGCCAGUAUUGCCUCGGCCGCCCUGAGCGAUGUGCCCAGUGAUGUGAUCAUCAAGUCUCGGAUUCGAUACGGAAGCACUCUGUCCGCCUGCAAAGGCCUGCUUCUGGAGUACGCCAAAAGCACCACCAUCCAUGGCAUACGCUACAUCUUUGAGGUCCACAGGCCCAUUUACGAAAAGCUCUAUUGGUUGUUUUUCACCUGUAUUUCGGUGUACUUUGCCGUUUCUCUCAUCUGGGAUACCUACUUGAAGUGGCAAGAGUCUCCGGUUAUUCUUGGCUUUGACGAGACUCUGGUGCCAGUGCACAAGAUACCCUUUCCCACCAUUACUAUCUGCCCGGAAAUAAAAAUGGAGCGAAAUCUAUUUGACUAUACAAACGUUUCCCGCAAGUUUUGGGAGGAAUACAAGACAAACGGCAAUAUCAGCAACCUCAGCGAUGAAGAUUUGACCUACAUGGCAGCCGCAAUGCACAUCUGUGACUCGGAGGUUGUUCAGCGAUUUAGUCCUUUGCUCUCAGAACUGAAUCCUCCAUACGUGGACGUAACCCAGACCCUUAUCGAUCUGAGUAUAUCAAAGAAUGUGACUGGACCGUUUUGCAAAUGGAAUGGACGAUUCUAUUUCUGCGAUAAGAUAUUCGAUUUUGUGGCUACAGAUGAAGGCAUUUGUUACCAGUUCAACGGAAUGCAUCCCAAGGAUAUUUAUCGGGACGAGAAGUACAUCAGCUAUGUCGAUCCAGAUAUAGUGGAUUUUAAUAACUACUUCGAUAAGGAGCUGCCGGCCUGGAACGACAUUAGUGGAUCGUGGUCCCUGGACACAGGCUAUCUGGAUCAGGGCCAGAAUGCGUAUCCCCAGCGGACGGUGUUCUCAUCGGUGAAGAAUGGGUUCUUUGCCUUCCUGCAGGGCUUGCAGCACAAUUUCGACUACGACUGUCGCAGUUUUAAGCAGGGCUACAAGGUCUUUCUCAACUCCCCGGAGAGCGUCCCCCUCACAUCGGGUAAUUACAUUCUGGUGCCCCAUGGUGACGAGGUCCUGGUCAGUGUACUGCCCGCUUAUGUCGUGUCAACGGAGAAUUUGCAUGAAAUUACACCUGAUAAACGUCAAUGCCUCUUCGAUGAUGAGCGCGAACUACGAUUCUUCCGAUCCUAUUCGCAAAGCAACUGCCAAACAGAGUGCCUGGCCAAUUACACGGUCUCCAAGUGCGGGUGCGCCAAGUUCUGGAUGCCAAAACCCGAGGGUACUCCCGUUUGUGGCUUGAAUGACAUCACCUGCUAUACGGCUGCCCAGGACGAGCUGUACGCCCUGCUUCAGAACCAAACCAUGGCCAAGAGUGUUAACGACAACGUUGAAAUCAUGUGCAACUGCUUGCCAGCCUGCACAUCGCUGGAGUACAACUUUGAGAUAUCUAGAGCCAAGUACGAUGUGGCCAAGACAAUUAGAGCAUUCCGGGAGGAGUAUGAGCAUACGGAUGCCAUUGGAUCCAGGCUUUCGGUUUACUUCAAGGAGCAUCAGUUUACUGCCAUUAAGCGCACUAUACUGUUUGGUGUCUCAACAUUGAUUUCCAAUUGCGGUGGUAUCUGCGGCCUCUUCAUGGGAAUCUCUUGUCUUAGCUUCCUGGAGCUGAUCUACUUCUUUUGUAUGCGAAUCUGCGGAAGUUGCCGCGAUCGUCGGAAGCACAAGAUACAUCAGAUGAGUCCCGAGGAUCAGACAGAAGAAAAAAUAGAAUGAAUCUUCUAAAAAAUUGAAUUGAUCUCAAAGAUCUGGAACAUAUCCUUGUCCCAAUUGUUGUGAAAUUAAAAUAUAUUACUAUUCCAUUCUUGGGUAUAUCUG